AAAUACAUUGCUAGUUUUUUUGCACACUUUUCCUCUAUCCCCUUCAUAGCCCUAACAAUGUAAAUGGGUAUGGGCUUUCUGUAAUAACCCACCAAUCCAUCAUAAACCCUAAAAAAUUUGCUGAAACAAGAUUUUUAGGGUUUAAGCCACUCUAUAAAAUCCAGUUCCCACAUCAAUCUUCAUUGCAUUUCUCAGCUAACAACUGGUAAGUGAAGUUUUCUCUCUCCUCAUUUCCUCAACCUUCAAUUCUUCAUCCUUUCUUAAUAAUAAAGAUUAGGAAUGCAAUGCCUCCCCUUUCGGCUGCAAGGCGUGAGAUCUUCGGAUCGAUUUCUUGUAAUGCUUUGUUCUGGAGGCAUAAAUUAAUUUCCCCCAAAUUGUGAGGGUUUUUUAUAUUCAAAUUUGAUGUUUUACUUCAUUUUGGAUGGCCUCUGUUUUGUAAAUUGUUUAAAUCAAUUGUAAAGAUCUAUAAUGGUUUGAUUAAUAAUGGUUGAUCGCAGUGAUGACUGUUGAAAAAUCAAGCUCAACAGACCGGAAAACAGGUUCAUCCUGUGUGUGUCGAUAUUUCUAAUCUGAGCGAUCCUCAUUUUUUUAAAUUCUCAAAUCAAAUUAAGCUUUUCUGUUAUAAAAUGUUGAAAUUUUCUAUAUUGAAGUAAGAAAUUUUAAUUUAAAAAAGUGCGAAUUGAGGAAUGAGUUUUGUUAUUUGAACAAAAAUUAAGCACUCAUUUAACUGACUUUGGUUUUAUCUGGGUUUCUUAUUCAGGAGCUCAUUAAAAAUGCUAAUUGCGAACCUAAAUAAUAAAAUUGAUGGUUAAUCAAACAUAUUGAAAAAUUGGUUGUUAAUUAAAUAAUUAAUCUCAAGGUAGAUGGUUAUAUCUUGUUAAUUUACUUCAAUUUUACCAUUGAAAUGUUGCAUAAUGAUAAAUGAUGACCAUUAAAGACGGAUUCCCACUGAUGUUUUUUCACAGUUAAUUCAGUGAAAAAAUUGAUUAGAACAUCUUUCCUGAUACAUUAUGCUAUUCCAUCAAAUUAUACAAAUAUUGAUGUUUUAUCUUAUUUUUUUUAAAAUUGAAGUUUUAAAAAUGGUGACUACUGACUAGUGAUGUAUGAUAAUAUUUGUUACUCUUGAUGAGAUUUCUAUAGAAAUGUCAUUUGAUGAUUUAUUUAUCCACCAAGAUCUCUGAGGUCAUAAAUUUUAUUUCUAGGGGAUUGUUAAUUAAUUAGAUUGGGUCAUCAUGAGCCCGAACUACUGGCCCAACCUUAAUAGUGUGCUUUUGGUAAAAAUUAGGCCCGACUUGGCCCAAUUUUAAAAUUUGGGUGGUUUUGGGCAACCUGAAAUUGGAAAUUUUAGGACACGUUCAGUAUGAUUGUCAGUUUUGGUUUUGUAAGUCAUAUGAUUUAGAUUGAAUUAUCAACUAAAAUAUAGUUAUAUCUACUAUAAUCACUUUAAUUUUUAAAGUUGACAACAAAAAAUCAGAAACUACUUUUUGUGGUUUCAGUUUUUUGGUACCGAACGAGCCCUUAGUUAUAAAAUUAAUAUGGACUUAAAAUGGCUCGAAAAACACUCUAAUAUUUGGCCAAAAAUUGCGGAUUUUGGGCAGAAACAUUUGGCCCGUCUAAUGGACAAAAUUUGUUUUUCGUGAACCGUAUCUGGCUUGGCCCGCCUUUAAUCAGGUCUAUAAUUAAUGUAAACGGCGAAGGUCCCAGCAGGGAGGUGAGGAACUCUAUAAUUGAGACCUCUCUAACACAAUGUUUAACCUUCGCAUAUGAAUUGCUGAAAUAUUAGAGCAUCAAUUAUAGAUAGCUCUUAACCCCCUCUUAACGAGAGAGAAAAUAUAAGAGAUAGCUCUUAAUAAAUAAGAGCUAACUCUUAGCUUCCUCUUAUUUAGAGGUUGAUUUAGACAUCCUCUAAAUAAGAGGUAGCUCUUAGAAAUAAGAGGGGAGGUGAUGUGGAGGAUUAAUAAGUGGUUGUUCUAGCUUUUUGACAUUUUUGAUUUUUUUUUUUGAAAAAAAAUAUGUAAAAGAUAUUUAAGAGGGAGUAAAUAAGAGAUAGUGUAUUUCUUGAGUUUUUUGGUAGGUAACUCUUAUUAAAAGAUGGUGAUGAGGUGUAUGAAGAGAGAGAUUAAGAGUGGGGAAGUAAGAGCUAGCUCUACAAUUGAUGCUCUAAGAUGUCCAGAUGUUUACUGUUUGGAUCAUCUCGAACCCUCGGCUAAAUUUUAACUUUAUUCUGAAUAUAAACUAUAAUUAUUUUGGAUACAUGACAAUGAGAUUGGUGAGAAAGAUUUGAUGAACACAACAAUUAAACAAUUGAAACUGAUAUGACAUGAGUAAGAUAGAUUUGAUGAACACAAGUAUAGACCAUUAAAUUCAUUUGUGUGGCACAAUCUGGUAAUUGGUAUGACAUGAGUACUUUGAAUGACACAACCCGGUACGACAGGAACACAAAUUAAUCACAAUUGAAACAGAUGUGAAAUGAACAUGAAUUUUACCCGAAGUUGAAACCGAUAUUACAUGACACAAAUUUACCCUUAAUUGAAUUUUUUUUAACAUUAAUCAAAUUUACUUUGAAUUGAAAUCGAUGUAACAUGAACACGAAUUUAAGCACAAUCGAAGCCGUUAUGACUUGAACACAAAAUUACCUUUUAUAAAACGGAGUUCAUUUGUUCACAAAAUUACCAAGUUCACCAAAUUACAUUAACUUUUAUGAGUUCAUUUAAUUUUAGGCUCAAAAUGUGACAGCCACUAGUGACUGUUCAUUUGUUCUUAUUCCAUUUGGUUAGAACAGUCUCAUUCCGGUGUUAUCCGGUCCCGGUUCCCCCUUAACAGGACCACAUCACUUUUUUCGUAUGGGCAACUAUAACUACAAUGUAUUCUGACCAUCAAUUUUGCCAAUGUGUUCCCACUUGCAAGUGAUUUCAAGAAUAACCGAUAUAAGAUUAUAAGUUGGUGGGAAACUCAUCUUGUGACUUGGAGGUUAUAGGUCGAGCCUCAUCAGCAAACAAAAUGUUUGAGAGUGACUCAAACGAAGAUCUGUAAGUUGGAGUGGUUAACAUGUGCUAGGUUUAGUUCAGUAUGGUUCCUUCAUCUUAUUUAUUAAAAAAAAGUGACUUCCAGAAUACCAAACAAUGUCUUGAUCUAGUAGAGAAGAUUUCACCUUCUAAGCAAAAAGUUGGGGUUUAAAUCAACUAGGGGCACUAUAUGACUACAUGUUAUUGAUUGAUAGAGAAUAUACGCAUAAUAUUUUUGUCAUAUGUUGGAGAUGUUAUUGAAAAUUAUAUGACUACAUGUCUAUUUAACCUAUACUUUUGUAAUUGGUUAGCUUCAUUCAAGUAACUUUGAAUACUAAUCUAUUAUUUGAUAAGGGUAAGGCCAAGGCAUGUAAAAACUUAUGCAAACACUGUAUAACAGAAAUGCAUAAACUUAAUUUUAUUGUUAGGAGAAGACAAUACAAAUUCCAUUUCAUUUAUGCAAAUUUCACUGAUAUUGUUUGAACAUAGAAAAUUAUCGUUGUGACUUAGGCAAGUGCAAAUUAAUUCAUGGAAAUUAACAACAAAUAAUCAAAAAAUCAGCAACUAUAAUUUGAGCAGCAAGGGAAGAACACGUGUCAACUCUGUCAAGUAGUGUGGAAAUUGAGUGACAAGAGAAAGUACAUAAAUGUACACCAUUGAAAAUAUGUUUGAAUUUCAAUAGAAGUUGAAUUCAAGUUGAACAUUUAAUUUGGUGAAAAACUCUCUCAAACUCUCUAGAAACCCUAUUGAAAAUAUGUUUGAGAUGAUUUUCAAUGUGAAUCUUGUGUAAUCUUGCACAUGAUAUCGGCUCCUAUUACUUUUUUAACUUAGUUGGUAAAAUCUUGAGAGGGUGGUACCCAAGACAGGAGAUCGAAUCCCGUCUACAUCAUUUGUUGCCUUGCCCUUUGUGGCUCUCUCUACAACAAAAAAAACAUAUCAGAUUAUGCCACAUCCUAAAAUAUGGGACAAUAUAUAGGAACAUGCGCAAACCCUAAGAUAUUUUCUAGAAAGUUAGUCACUUCAUACAAUUCUAUUGUUUAAGGAACUCUAAUAAAUCGUUUGGCUAAUCAUGAGAACUAAAACUUCCCACAAGAAUUUCAUACUACCUUGGGGAAUACUGUUAUGCGACUUCCUCCAUUAUGUAGCUAACAAAAUUUAUAAGUGCAAUUUCUCAUGUGUUUUCAAACUAAUUGACUUUCAGACUGCUAACUUCCACUUUUCAAAUCGGAGUACUUUUUUAUAAGUUAAGUCCAUUAUUGGGGUCUAAGUUUUGCAAUAAAUCAUCAAUUGGGACCUCACUUUUUUUUUGUCAAUAAUUAAGACCUAAGGUUAGAUUUUUGGUAGUUUAACUCACCUCUAACUCAAGGUUGACUAUUCAAACUAAUAAAAUAAAUCAAAAAUAAAUUAUAAGGUUAGAUUCUUGCACAUGCCAAUUGUUUUAGGGGUUUUAUUGGGUUUAUUUUGUUCGUCUUUAGAUUUGAGUUAAUUGGUACUACAUACUUGUUAAUUUUGUGAUUUUUUGUUCCCCUCAAAAAAAAAAUGUGAUUUUUUGUGAGAUUAAUGAUUGAAUUGGUUAAUUUUGUGAUUUUGUAUGAUAUUAAUGUUGCUAAAUUUUAUUGUUUUGUGUUGAUUUUGAUCGAUUUGUUAUUGUUUGAUUUUUUAUGUUUACUUCGUGAAGUUUUGCAUACUUUAUAAAUUGAUUGAAAGUAAAAUGAGGUUCGACCAUUGUUUCAAAUGAAGAUGCCUUUUAAAGGGGUGACAUACAGUGAGAAGUACGACAGAUUGAUACAGAAUACGAAGUAUUUUUAGGAUGUGACUCGUAUACUCAUUUUCUUUUAAAAAAAAACAUGGGUUGGGACGGGUUGGGCUAUGCUAAAUAGGUUACUUGAACUGACUAAAUAUGACUUGUUUAUGACCCGAAGAACAGACCAAUUUCAUUAAGUUUGGACCGGAGCCGCCCUUGACAUGGCCCAUUUUAUAGCUCUAUGUUAAAACAUUCAAGGGAACAUUUUUUUUUUUGGUUUCGAAGUAAAAUUAUGUAAAUAUUCGAAAUUAGUUACUUAACAUUUUUUUUUAUCAAUUUAUCGUUGAACUGUGAACUAUAAAUCUAUAAUGGACGAACUCCAUUAAGAAAGAAAAUAGAAAUUAAUGUGGUGUUGGUAGUUUCAGAUGAUGUUUGUUCAAGAGGGGGAUAUUGGAGAUUUGGAGGUGUAAGAAAAACAAUUAAAUAAUUAAAUUAGUUUUGUAUUUUUGCAAAAAUAAAAUGUUAUUAUUAUAUUUCUUAUUUUUUAACCCAAGGACUUAACAUUUUUUUAACCACCAUAGUUAACUUUGGCUAAAAAAGUAAGAUGAGGUCUCAACUAUUGACCAAAAAAAAUAAGGUCUCAAUUGGUGAUUUUUUGUAAAACUUAAACCCCAAUUACGAGGUUUAACUCACUUUUUUAUGUACGCAAAAUCAAGCAACACUAAUUUCCGAACUUUUUUAUAUACUCAAUCGGUCCAUCAUUUAUUAAAUCCGAUUAUUCAGAGUUUAGUAGGCUCUCCCUUGAAACAAGUGUACACUCUCAUCAGCAAAAAGGCGCGAAACUUAGAGAACGGUUCAUUCUAUCAUCCUAAUUUCCGUUUCCCAAAAACCCUAACCUCCACAUUUUCAAUCGAACUUCCGACGAGCCACUGAUCUGGUGUAAUUAUUUAAUCUAUCUCUCAAAGUUCGCUUCAGGAAUGAAUACUGGCGCCGAAGAUCUUUCGCAGUUUGAUAUAUCAGAUCAGGAGAAAGACCGACUUGUAGCUGAUGUAAUUCGUUACAUAUUGUUUAAAACUCACCAAAGCUCAGGAUGCCCGAUCAAAAGAGAGGAGCUUACACAAAUCGUUAGUAAGAAUUACCGUCAGCGGGCCCUUCCUGCUGCCGUGAUUGAGAAGGCGAAAGAGAAGCUUGCAGGUGUUUUUGGUUAUGAUUUAAAGGAGCUUCAGCGUUCUCGUACUUCCGCUAAAAAACAGACUCGCUUUUCCCAACAGAGUUCUGCUGAUCAGAGGUCAUAUAUAGUCAUAAGUCAACUGCCUGCAAAUAUAUAUCAUAAGUAUGUUGAGGAUAUCAAUGCGUCACACCUUACAGGGUUCACGUUCGUUGUUGUUAGUAUUGUGUUCCUUGCUGGAAACAAAAUUUCAGAAGAGGAUUUGUGGCAUCACAUGAGACGAAUGGGAUUGCUAGAAACUGAUGAAAAUCAUCCAGUCCUCGGAAAUGUCAAGCUCUCAUUGGAGGCACUUGUACAGCAGAGGUAUCUUCAAAAGGAUAAAGUUAGCGGUCCUGAAGGAAACACUAUUAUGUAUGAGCUCGCUGAGAGAGCAUUAGAUGGUGAAGUUAACCAGCAAAUUAAAGACUACAUAACACAGAUUGUGAAUAAGGAUCUUAGGACCGUUGAAGUUGAUGAUGAUUAGAGAACUUACAAGAUAACAUUAAAAGUCCCCAUUUACAUCCUUUUGGAAGAGACUUUAUUGGAGACUGAUAUGCGCCUUAUUACAUGCUAAAAUAGACAGGUACUAGAUGAAAUGCUGCAAAUUUUUGUUGAGUAUGAAAAAAACCAGAUCUUUUGUGAUGGGGCACUCCUGUAUUUAGAGAGUUUCUUAGACUUCAGUCUUAAAAUUGAUUUACUACGUAAUCUUCUCCUUAGCCAUGUACCCUUGUCCGUGUGAAUGUUGUGGCCUGUAGGUUUAAUGAAGAGUUGCUAAUUUAUGCA